AUGCAUUGGAUCCUCACGGCUACCGAUUUCUUUUCCAAAUUGGUUGAAGCCAUCCCCUUGCGCCAUGCUAUAAGUAUCGCUGUUACAGCUUUUAUUCAUAAACAUAUCAUUUGUUGGUUCGACAUCCCAGCGAUCAUUCUCUCAGACAAUGGCACCCCCUUUGUCAAUUAUCGGGUUGCUCAGCUUCUUCAGCAAUAUAAUAUCACACAGCGCCGAUCUUCUGCUUACAACGGCCAAGCCGAAGCAACCAACAAAUCUCUCCUUAAAAUCCUCAAUCGCACGGUCGCUGAGCAUAAAUCUAAUUGGGUCGAUCAGCUGCCGUUAGCUCUUUGGGCCCAUCGCGCCUCCAAAAGGUGCGCCACAGGCCAAACUCCUUUUUCCCUCCUAUACGGUACCAAAGCUAUUUUCCCCAUCGAGAUUGCCAUUCCUGCUACUGCUUUGGCCGCUCGAAGCGAGGUUGACCACUUCACUCAUCUCAAGGCCUUAGAUGAACGACGGGAGUUAGCACGACAACAUCUCAAGGUUUAUCAACACACUCUGGCUAAGGCUUAUAACAAGCAUGUGCGACCUCGAACCUUCCAGGUAGGCGACCUUGUUCUCAAAGCUGCUAAACACAUUAUGCACAACACCUCUACCCCAAAGUUCACCCCAAAAUAG